AUGCAGCAACAGCAGCAGGCUCAGCUACAGCAGCAGAUGCAGCAACAGCAGCAGAUGCAGCAGCAGCAGCAGAUGCAGCAGCAGCAGCAGCAGCGAGAGCCAGCACCAUUGCUCUCUAGUUUGUUCGCCGCAGCAAGUACUGGAGAAAAGUGCCUGCAGCAGCAGCAGCAGCAGCAGCAGCAGCAGCAGCAGCAGCAAACAUCGUCACAGCAAAUGCUGCAGCAGGGAAUGUCACAAUCACACCAGCAACCGCAGCAGCAGCAACCGCAGCAGCAGCAGCCGCAGCAGCAGCAACCGCAGCAGCAGCAAGCGCAGCAGCAGCAGCAGCAAGCAGAACGAAGCAGACGCCAGCAGCGACCAUCGCUGCCGGCGAAAGUGUUCUGGAGACAUCCGAAAGAGCAGCAGCAGCAGCAGCAGCAGCAGCAGCAGGACUUGCUGCAGCAGCAGCAGCAAGCGGAGCAGCAGCGCGGUAUGUAA